CCGCUCCACUCUGUCUCCACACAAGCCAAGAUGAGUUACGGACCCGAAACCUUUUCCGCCUCGUCCUACCGAAGGAUUUUCGGGGAUUCUCCCCGUUAUUCGUCCUCUCCAUCUCGGACGACUAUGAAUAUGUCAUCACGCGGAGGUUACCGGUCUUCCUCUCUAUCUCGAACCAACAUCUCAUCCCUGGGGUCCUACAGCAGAAAGUCCGGCCGCUCCUUCUCGUCCAUGCCACUGGAGACCUUCGACCUGACCCAGAGCACCGUCCUCAACAAUGAGUUUAAAAUCAUCCGCACCAAUGAGAAGGAGCAAAUGCAAGGUCUUAAUGACCGCUUUGCAAUGUUUAUUGAGAAAGUGCGCAACUUGGAGCAGCACAACAAAGUCCUGGAGACGGAGCUGAUUACUUUGCGCCAGCGGCAGACCGAACCAUCCCGCUUGGCCGAGCUUUACCAGCAAGAGAUCCGCGAACUGCGCUCUCAGCUCGACGAACUCAACGGAGAAAAGUCCCACCUGAUGAUUGAGAGGGACAGCAUAGAAGACGAGCUGCAGAAAGUCAGAGGAAAAUACGAAGAAGAGUUCCGUGCCCGUGAGGAGGCGGAGGCCACCCUCAAGGCUUUUAAGAAAGAUGUGGAUGAUGCCACCAUGGUGCGCCUGGACCUGGAGAAGAAGGUGGAAUCUCUCCUGGAUGAGAUCAACUUCCUGAGGAAGGUGCACGAAGAGGAGGUUGCCGAGCUGACGGACAUGAUCCAUGCCGCCCAAGUGUCGGUGGAGAUGGAGGUGUCCAAGCCGGACCUAACCUCCGCCCUCAAAGAGAUUCGCGGCCAGUACGAGUCCAUGGCCUCCAAAAACCUGCAGUCGGCUGAGGAGUGGUACAAGUCCAAAUUCGCCGACCUGUCCGAGCAGGCGAACCGGAGUAACGAGGCCAUUCGGGCCAGCAGGGAGGAGAUGAACGAGUUCAGGAGGCAGCUGCAGUCCAAGACCAUCGAGAUAGAAGGUCUGAGGGGAACCAACGAGUCCCUGGAAAAGCAGCUCCGGGAGAUGGAGGACAGGCACAGUGUGGAGAUAGGAAACUACCAGGAAAGCAUGGCAGAGCUGGAGAAUGAGCUGAGGACCACUAAGAACGAGAUGGCUCGUCACCUGAGGGAAUAUCAGGAUCUGCUGAAUGUGAAGAUGGCACUGGAUAUUGAAAUUGCUGCUUACAGGAAGCUGCUAGAAGGUGAGGAGACCCGCAUUGGGACUGGGAUCACCUAUCCCACCCCCUCCAUAGGCAGCAGUGGUGGAGGCUACAGCUACCAGACCCAUAUUUACUCCAGCUCUGGAAAGGGAUCCAAGAAGGAGAGCAAGGAUGAAGAACAGCACCAGAGCAAGUCUGUCAGCAAGGUGGCCCAGCGCGAAAUUUAUGAAGAGUCAGUGGUCUCCACUAAGAAGAUGGAGAAGCAACAAGAAGCCAGCGGUAUUCCCACCAAUCAGAAAAACUAAACUAGUGUAGCCUCCUGUACUUAUCGACAGUUACCCUCAAACUUCACUUUAUCCUUUGAACCUAUGCCUCUCUUAAACAUGUAUCAUUAAACAAACCCUAGCCUUUACACUAGAUGCACUUGUGGGGAUCAAAUGUUUUGAUAAUAAACAUUGCAAGAUCAUCUGAAAUAUCAUGUGUUAGGUUUCCACAAGUCAACAGUGUACAGGAGGUUUGUUUUAGGUGGGAUUUUACCCCUCCUAUUCCCAUUUGUCCCCCACGUGUUCCCCAAAGGAAACCCAUUAUAACUCUACUCUAAGUAUCACCAUACAAACCCACUGUGCAUCUGUUCUCUCUCAUUCAUCUCUCACAUCAAACAGUAAGCAAAAGCACUUAGGUAGCAUUUCUAGCCGGAAUAUAGUCUUUUAAAGUACAAUAACUAGCAGGUUUGUCACACUUCAGGAACUGCAACAACACAACUUUGCAACAGUAUACGUAUACCGGAACAUAGUGGUUUAUAAACUCUGGUCAUGCACUACUAGCACAAACUGUGAGUUAUUCUGAACACAUUCCAAGGAAACAUGUAUGUGUGAGUGUCACAGCGUGCACUUAAAGAGCAGAGAUCUCAAAACACAUCAACUGGCAUUUGGUCAUUAUAUCUACAUUUGCAUAUACAGAAUGAGUCAAAAUAGUUCCUCUUAGCAACAACUGUUAAGUAAAGAAGCACAUGAGAAUAUAAGAAACCAGCCAAGUUGAAUUGUAUAUGUAUAUUACAAUGUGUCUUUCUGAGCCAUUUACCAGACCUGUGGCUGACACUGAUAAUGCUGCUUACUGAGUUAGUAACAAAUAGAAAUCAUGAAAUAAAUGUCUGCUACAAUGUCUUCUUGCACAAAUGGAACAGUCUAACAGUUUUCACAGCGCUUUCAGAUGGUUGCUGUAUCAAUGUGACUAUGGUCCAAAUUAGCUCUACAUGACAACAGUAUAAAAGAGGAUUAGCAUCCUCCAUUAAACACCAACCCUUUGGAUUUCCAGACUACCCUUUUUUAAGUUUCACUACCAAAAGUUGAUUAAGGAGGCAAGUUAAAUGAAAGUAAGAUUUAAACUAUGAAACAAAUGUAUUAAUCAAGCAGAUUUGCAUGGUGUAUCUAGAUGUCAUGCUUGCAUGGAAUCCAUCAGUCCAUCAGCUCAUUCAACAUGACAUCACGUCAUCCUUUUCUUCAUUGACACUGAGCAUCAUCAUGCACAAACACCGUUUAACCACUGUUACAUAAAUGCGCUUGUUGGCCUGUAGGCUAGAGCUGUGACUGCAGUUAUAUCUUAAAAGAUGUGACUUAAAUAUGCUAAGGGUUUCUGCUGUGAAGAUACAGCGGGCACUAAACACAGAAAAGCCAAAACUACUACUGACGUGGGAAUAAUGAACAUUUUUCACACUCUGCUACAAAACAUACAGGGAAUAAAAAAAAUGCUGUAAAGAAGAUGUUGUAGACUGUGAACUGCAACUAAAAUGAUAAGAAUGAAGCAAAAGAGUAGGGUCAGUUUGAGACUGAAUUUUAAAGUUUUAGCACAAAUGCAUGUGUUCUGAAUGACCCAUCUGUGCCGGAUGAAUUGAAUGCACAUAUAGCACCAUUGGACAUAUACCAUCAUGAAUGCUUAAAGCACAUUUGAGCCCAAGAAUCCACACCAUUACUCAGUUCAAAGAAGAAAUACAUCUCAGUAAAGUCAACAAUUGGCAAAAAAUUCACUCCAAGCCUGCCAGACCAUGAUGUGUUUAAAACAACCUGACCUCGAUUUCUAACUGUGGCCAUGACUGGAUAAAAUGUCUGUUGUAGUAUAACCUCACCACUAGAAAAACUAUAGUAUGAAAGAAUGCUUUUUUUUCUGCUUGUGCACUGCCAGCGUUAACACAACUAUCUAUCUUCUUCUCUUGCUGCUUGCUGUGCCCUGACGAGCUGCACUCACACUACGAAUGAAAACUGUUGAUUGUACGGCAGGCUGCUUUGGAUUGCUUUCCAACUGUUGUACUUGAAGCUUGUGAUAAGUAAGUUAGUGCUGUGUCAUAUCUGUAUUUACAUAAGUAGUGUGUGUCUUUACACAGAGGCCUGUAAUAACUAGAUUUCCUUAAGGGCCAACAAGUCUGAAAGUUGGGGGGGGGGGCAUUUUGUUUUAUGGAUUGCUGGGUUCCAGUGUAAGGCAGAAGAAACAUCUCACGUUUACAAGAAUGUAUCACAAGCAGCAUUUUAAAGUUCUAAGCUAUAAUAGUGGAUGAAUGAAUGCCAAGUUGAAUCAUCUCCGCUGAUCGAUGGUUGCAAAUACCAAGCCUUUAUCUGAAGAAAAAUAUCACUACUACCAUUCCUUUGUCAGCACUGCCAAAAUCUAAGUGCACAUGCGACACUACUUUCUGGAUAAAGCAGUUUACAGCUCUCAAAUCACAAUCUGUAAUCAUUUGUCAAGAUGUAGCCAUAAAACAAAUCAUGUAGGAUGUGAAAAAUUUGCCUUAAAACACCAGCAGCUUUUUUUUUGGCCAUGUGUUUGAUGUGUAUGAUUUUGUUUUAGUGGAGUGUUUUCUCAUCUCUUUAUUCGCGUUUACUACAGCUACUGUGAUGAUAAAAGCAUAGAGACCGAAUGUAGUUGUUGACAUGUUAUUGCAUUGAGUGUAGUAUUUAUCUAUUGCUGUAUGACACCAUAUCAAUAAAGAUUUGACAUUACUGAGGCCUAA